UCAUCGACAGCCGGAAAACAAAUCGAACUCCAACCGAACUCCAGUUGCAAACUCCAACAGGUCAAUAGAAUAUAAUUUUUAAGUUUUAACUUUGCCAAAAUGUCGGAUUCCGACGAUUGUGAUUGGUUUGAUAAAGAUGACGAUGAUCUGAUGAGAGAUUUGCAGAGGACCAUAAAAGCGAAACAAGCUGAACGAAUGGAGGAGCACAUAAAAGUGCCAACAAAUACUUUGGACUCCUACAUCAAGGACCUCACUAUAAAAGCAUCGUCACAUAAACGCCAAAAGACAACAAAAAAGAACCUGAAUAUUGUGGAACUACGCAAAAUAGCCACACAAUCACCUUUGGAUAUGUUUCUACAUACACAGACAUUAGAAUCCGAUUUUUAUUCCGAUCAGAUACUACCCAAUGACAGUCAGGAGAGAGUUAUGUUAUACACAAAAAUAUUGGCAGCUAUGUGUCGCCUGGAACUGUCAGGCUUUCAUAAAAUUCUUAAUCAAGCUGUGGCUAGAAAUCUAAUGCUGCAAGACCAUUAUCGUUUAAUGGUGGCCAAAUUGUUUUGUAAGCGUUUCAAAGACAUGUGGAAGCAACAAAAAGAAAUGGAAACAUUUCUAGAUGAUAUGGGAACCUUAUUGGUACAAAGUCACGAAAGCAGCAGCGAAAAUGCUAUCUUUAAAGAUAUUUUGAAUAUCAUAGAAAAAAGUGACAAUGAUAACGCUUCAUGUACAUUGCUAAGGCAGCAACUAAGAGGUCGUCUAGAGGAGACUUUAAGCAAACAAAUGGUGACAGAUGUUACUCCUGAUGAAAUUUAUCCCACAAUAGAGGACUUAAUGAGUCAACCUCUGAAACUGGAAACUUCCUCAUCAUUGACGAAUGCUUCCGCAGCCGUCCAUCACUAUCUGCAAAAGCACAUGCAGUUCCUUAAAGAAGACUUCCUUUUACCUCUACGUGAUUGUGUGAAAUUUGUUAGGAACAAGACUUUACCUAACCCCCAAAUGGCCGAUAAUUUCCAUUUAUUUGAGGAUGUUUUUAUUGUUUUAAAUGAACAAUUUCUGGAUGCAAAUCGUCAUGAAUUGAUAUUUGUUGACAUUAUGGGUAAACGUCGCGAUACCCUGGAGGAGGAAAUGCCGCAAAUGUCCUGGGAUUUACAGGAAAAGUUGUGGAAAAUUAAAACAGGCACCUUGCUUUGCUUUACCACUUCCAGAGAUUUCGAAAAUUUGAUUUUGGCCACCGUUACCUAUACAAGUGCAGAUUGCCUAAAAGAAGGUUAUAUUGGCAUAGAAAUCGCCAGGCAGCAUAAUAUAGGCAAUAUUUAUAAAAGACCUUUGCUUAUGUUUGAAUCACCCGCAUUCUUUGAACCCUACCAUAAUGUUUUUAAUUAUCUGAAAAACUGCUGCAUUAGCGAUUUUCCCAUGAAGCAGUAUAUCAUUGAGGGCUGUAGUGAGCCACAAAUUCCCAAAUAUUUAACCCCAGAAACCAUAUACCAAUGUGGUGGCAUGAAAUUUCAUCCUUUGACAGAAUUGCCCGAUAAUGGUUAUCUACAAUUAAACCCUUCACAAUUGGAGGCCUUUUCGAAAGCCUUAAAACAAGAGUUUGCUUUGAUACAAGGACCUCCUGGUACCGGCAAGACCCAUCUUUCGGUGAAAAUUGUGCAAACCUUAAUUGAGAAUGCCGAAACUCCUUUGAUCUUAAUCACCUACACCAAUGAAUCGUUGGAUAAAUUUUUGGUGAAAUUAUCCACAUUUACUGAGAACAUUGUACGCUUUGGCAGUCAAACCCGCGAUCCUCUUAUAGCCAAAUACAACAUCAAAGAUGUGGUGGAACAUUCAUUGAUUAAUCCCAAGCUGAAACGCUUGUACUAUAUGUGUAGCAAUGAAUUUAAGGAUGCUUUUCAAAAGCUACAACAUCAACAUCGGGAAUUUGAUGGCUCCGAUGAAGCCUAUCAGCAUAUACUGCAAGCCCAGAAACAUUUGACCGAGGUUGCCGAAAAGUUGAGAACUCUAAAGACCAUGUUUCAAUAUUAUGUGGCAAGGGAGAAAUCUAUAAUUGGCAUGACCACAACGUGUGCGGCAAAGACCAACUAUUUGUUUCGUUUGCUGAAGAGCAAAAUUGUAAUUUUUGAAGAAGCUGCCGAAAUUCUAGAAUCACACAUUGUGGCCUGCCUAACACCCUAUACACAGCAUGUCAUCAUGAUCGGUGAUCAUCAACAAUUGCAGCCAUACACCUCCAACUAUCAAUUACAGCAAAUGUCGCACAUGAACAUUUCACUCUUCGAGAGACUAUUCAAAAAUCAUCCAAAUCCUAUUGCAUUAAGAACUCAAUAUCGUAUGCAUCCAAAAAUUGCAGAUCUCUUGUGCAAUACCAUUUACAAAGACCUGGAGAGCGAUGCUAGUGUAUCAGAAUAUCCGGCCAUAAGACAAAUGUCAACGAAUCUCUUUUUUAUGACGCACAACAAAGCAGAGGCAAAGACUGAACAUGAUUCGUCGCUAUACAAUUCAUACGAAGUAACUCAGGUGGUGCAAUUGGCUUUGCAUUUGGUACAAAAUGCUUUAUAUGAUGUUGGAGAUAUACAGAUUCUAAGUCCCUAUGCUAGGCAAAUCGAUAUGAUAAGGAAGCAGUUACAACAGCACAGUGCCUUGCAGUCAUUGAAGGCCUGCACAGUGGAUAGCUUUCAGGGUUUGGAAGCCAACCUGGUCAUACUCUCUUUGGUACGCAGUAAUGGUUCAUCACAAAUUGGCUUUUUGAAGCAGGCAAAUCGCAUAUGCGUUGCCUUAUCCCGGGCCAAACAUGGCAUGUUUUGCAUAGGCAAUCUGGAACUGCUUAGUAAAUGCAGCAACAUUUGGAAGCAGAUAGAGGAGAAACUACGCCAACAUCAAGCUGUGGGCGAAAAAUUUCCCAUUGAAUCGGAGAACUAUUUCUAUGAUAAAUAAAUUGGACAUAACCACCCAUCGUUUUUAAGUUAAAAUGAUAACAUAUCAAAGAUUAACGAGACUGAUUUAAAUGCUCUUUCCAAAUGCGUUUCCCCCACCUUUUUUUUAAGAAAGAAAAACAAUUUGUACUUAUUUUUACAUAUUAAUUUUUUUUAUUAUUAUUUAUUAUUCCUUUCACUUCCAGAUUUUCUUUUUUAUUUAUUUUGGUAAUACAGAUUUUUGUAUUUUUUUUUAUUAUGUUGGUUUUAUUAUUUGUAAACGAUUUUUGUCUUGUUAUUGUAAACUACAUCGCAAUCAUUUACGUUAGUUUUUUGUUUUUGUAAAUCUUAAAACAAAGAUGAGUAAAAGUAAUAAUCGCGUUUUUUUUUCAAUUUUGUUAUUGUUUCGUCUCGAGUUGUAUUUUGA